CUCGGCCCCCAUUUGUAAGUAAACUGUCUCUCUCCUUUUCCGCCCUCUCCCCGACCUCGACGGCGGAAGGUGAAACAAUGGCGGCGGCAAGCAGUAUGGCCGAGCUUGCAGACCUACGCCACAGCGGGCUCGAGUCUCUGCUGGAUCCAGUAGACAAUUCCCGCUCAGAGAGGUCACGGGUGGUGUUGACCAGCUAGAUCCGUUGGUUUUGAUGGCUGUUGGGCCGUCGGCAGUGGCACACGCCGACUCGUUGUGCGGGGUUGCAGCUGGACAACACGGCGGCUCUGCUGAGCAGAUCGAUUCCGGCCGCAAGAGGAAGCAGCCGCCUACUGAAUCCUUCGAGUCCACCAGAGAGUUGCACCCAGAUGCGCCAUUGUCGACCAGAAGGUAUACAUAGAAAAUUGAUUCUGUUCUUUAGUGCCUAUGUCUAAAAAGCCUCGUGAGCACUACUGCUGCUGUCAGCAAACUGGUCCUCUGUUUUUUUGGUAACCCUCCAUGCGUGCAAAGUGACCUGCAUAGUGUUUUCAAGGCAGAUUAUGUCGUCCAUGCGCGCAAUUAGCAUAUAGUAUAUUGUUUUCUGGGCAGAGCAUGUCAUGCAAAAGAGAAUCUUGGUCUGCUGUACACCAGCAAAAGCGAGUUUCGGGCCUGAAUUCCACAAAAUAGUGAAUCACAUGAUAAGGGGGAAAUAUAUGGUACUCCCACCCCUAGGGUGCUCGGGUGCUCCAAAACUCGGUAGCAUAUUUUUAAAUGUUCAAAAAAUUCUGAAAAAAAUCCAUCAUAUUGACACAUCAUCAAAGUAUGUUGUCAAAAAAUAUGAAAUCAAAAUUCGAAACAUAGCUUGAGAAACAUAAAUGACAAAUUCGACAGUAAAUAGUACACAACAUAUGUUGGGCUUUAGAUUAGGCCCAUUAUCACAUUGAUGCCCAUUUUGUCAUUUUUGUAUCUGGAGCAAUGUUUUGAAUUUUUUUAACGACAUACAUUGAUGUUGUGUCAAUGUGCUGGAUUUUUUUUCCAGAUUUUUUUGAACAUUUUAAAAUGUGUUACUGAGUUUGAAGCACCGGGAGCACCCUAGGGGUGGGAGUACCAGAUAUUUCCCCACAUGAUAAGUGUGGAGCAGUUUGAGACUGCACGGGGCCUGCUGAUUGAGAAAUACAAUUUGAAGUCCCACAAUUACAUGACAAAUCUUUAUGAGAUACGACGUAAGUGGGCAAAGCCAUAUUUCAAAAGUCUCUUCUGCGCCAAAAUGACGAGCACACAACGUAGCGAGAGUGCAAACAAUAUGUUGAAGACUUACAUGCCGGCAGCAAAGCCCAAUGCAUGUGUUCGUGCGACAGCCGACAGUACAUGAGGCUUCAAUUCGACCGAGAAUCGGAUGAGAGCUACCAAGAGAAAAGGACAAGAAUUAGUGGUGCUGUGAUGAGAACAAAUGUUGAUAUCCAUAGGCAUGCAAGUAAAUUUUAUACAAGAAAGAUGUUUGAGCUAUUCGCUGAGAACGUCUUCAAAGGUGCAGCAUACCAGGUAGAGGAAUUUUUGCGGAAGAAGAAAUACGUCGCAAGGCACAAUGACGCCGACAAACGUGAGAAAUGGAGUAAAGUGGAUUUCGAGGUGAGCAUAUCAGAUGAUGGCGACUGGUUCGACUGUGAAUGUGGGCAGUUCGCCCACAUGGGGAUGCAAUGUUGCCAUGGUCUGAAGGUUAUUUUCUCAAUGUGGAGAUACCCAAGCGGCACAUCAUUAAGAGGUGGACGAAAGGUGCAAGGGACAUUUUGCCACAACACAUUGCUCACUUUCAGAAAGACCAGGCUGCCAAUCAAUUUUCAGCAGCCGGAGCUUGACUUUGUACCUACAUGCCAUGGGACUUGUCAGGAUUGGGGACUCAUCAGUCGCGACCUACGAGCUUGUGCUCGCUAGGAUUAAGGAUUUAAUCAUGGAGGUAUCGCCAUCGGCUGAAACCAAGGAUAGCCUAGGGAUCGAGGAUAGGCUUGUUGCUGAAUCAAACCGGAAAAACAUUGGAUCAGCGAGUGCUCUCCAUAACAUCGAAGGAGAAAUGGUAGCAAAUGAGAAAGCAUGACCGGUUCUAACAAUUGGGAUGCCCUCGCUGGACUGUCAGCUCCGAGCAAGAAGUGUGGUGUUGGGCGGCCUUGCUCAAGCAAAGUAAAGACGCCAUAUGAAGGAUUCAGUAAGCAAAUGAGAUUCUGCAGUAUAUGCAUUGCCAGGCCAUAAGAAGGCCACCUGCCCAGAGAGGGGCGAUGUGCCAAAGCAGACUCUCAAGACGGACACCGCCGUACUUCUUGCACGAGGCCCCUCCUAGGAAAUGCAUCUUAAUACUUUUUUCCGGCUAUGUGUAAUGUUAGAAUAAUAAUAAUUGAGGAUUUUCUAAUUGAUGGCUUGUGUCUGAACCUCCAUGCUUUUUGC